UUUACUUUACUCAGACGUGUGCGUGGGCUCAGAUUCCAAAGAAGUCUUUAUCUGAACCCACGCAUACCUAACCAUUUCAUACAAUUUACCGUAAAUUCUGUCCCUUUUUAUACAAUUUACUGUAAAAUUCCCCGUGUCUCUUUCUUACCUCGUUCGUUUAGGUAUAUAUAAACCUGUGCUAACAAUAUUAUUCAUCAGCCAAGAAGAGAUUCCGUAAGAGAAAAUAAAGUUUUGAGUCGUUUUAUUCACUUAAAUAUGUCUGUGGCUUCAGUCGGCGUGGGUGCCCUGAGAACGGCAUUUCAAAUGCUGUUUGAUGCGGUAAAAUCAGUGCAGGAGGAGACUACUAUGUUCAAGCACCUCCUCGGAGACAUCAAAUCCACACUGAACUCUCUGCAGCCACUCAUCCAAGAGAUUGAAAAAUAUAACUCGAAAGAGGGACUGGAAUAUUUUACAGUACAAAUGGAGAAGGGAGCAGAUCUUGUUCAAAAGUGCAGCAAAGUUGGCGUGUGGAAAAAAUGCAAAUACACCAAGAAGCUCCAUCAACUGGAAAAAUCUCUUCGAAGAGUGUUUGAUGAACUCAAACUGCAGGGCGUAAGGGAUGCGAGGGAGACGUUGGUUUCUCUCAGGAAUAUCGAGACGGCGUUCUCUCGAAUAGAAAAGAAUUUGGUGAUGAAAAGUAAUCAACCUGAAACGGUAAAUGUUCGUAUGCGGUGCCUGAACCCCCAUCCGUUACAGUCGGGUUGGAUUUGCCGUUGAGGGAGUUGAAGAUGAAGCUCCUUAAGGAUGAAAAGGUUUCGAUGCUUGUGCUUACAG